GAUAGAAAGGCGGUGAUAAAAAAUGCGGACAUAUCGGAAGUGAUGCAACAGGACUCAGUGGAGUGCGUGACUCAGGCGUUGGAGAAAUACAACAUAGAAAAGGACAUUGCGGCCCAUAUCCAGAAGGAGUUUGACAAGAAGUACAACCCCAUCUGGCCCUGCAUAGUGGGGAGGAACUUCGGUAGUUACGUGACACAUGAAACCAAACACUUCAUCUACUUCUACCUGGGCCAAGUGGCCAUUCUUCUGUUCAAAUCUGGUUAAAAGCAUGG